UGUCUGUCUGUCUUACUAAGAAUCAAUAGCUGGGUACAAUAGUGCUGAUUUUGCUCUCGCCUCUCAACUAUGAAAUACUUGUAAGUCCCUUUACAGUGAGCUCAGAACACAAGGGAUUGCAUGUAUGAAUGUCACAGUCUUAGUGAAUUGACGGUGUUAUGACAUAGACAUCUGUAAUGACCUGCUGUCCCAGCUGAAUGGUUGUCAAUCAACACCGGUGGUCAUGAUUCUGGGGGAAAUCACACACAAACAUAUUUCCUGUGCACGUAGUACUGUAUAUUCCUAACACACUUCAAUGUUACAGUAAUGUGUGGCAAGAGUCCCUGAGUGUAACGUCGUAAGGAAUAUUAUGACAAAACAUUUUCCACAUACAGUAGUUAAUGUUGAUACACCCAAAACACACGGCACGCAAUGUCCCAAGUCACCUGUCAAACUUCUGCCAUCUGCCAGAGAAAAUGGUUCAACUUCCAUUGUUUCCAACGGAUGCCGUGCAAUGGCCAGGAAAGAUCAACUGAGCCUCAACUGUGAUCCAAGACUAACAUAGACUAACAAGACAAACAUAGAAAAUAUCAGGGUAAUACAUUUGUUUUCUGAUUAUGAUUUUUUACCUUAUUCUUAUGACAAGCCACCAUAUCGGCAACUGUUCAAGUGGCCAACUCAAGGUUUGAUUGGUGGAUGUCCCCCGAUACCACACUCCCAUUGGCUGAGAAGCAGAGUUUCCCGGGGAACCUUACAGAUGAUUCAUUAAGCUGGCGUCCUGUGGUCUUGUCGUUCCUCUCCUCCCCCCGUCUGCACUCGUCCUCCGACCGUUCAAUCUGUAGCUCGGUGGGACGGCAGGGUCCCUGCAGCAUCGAGGCCGUCCUCAGGGUCACACCCAGAUUCCAGAGCUUGAACCAAUCACAUCUUUUGCUGCCCCAUAUUGUGAAGGGUUUGGCACCUCCCCUGCUGCGCUGUCCCUCCCAGAGACUGCUGGACCGCGUUGUGCGCCGCUAUGCUGAGGUGGUGGACGUGGGCAGUGUUCAGAUGAAGCACUUCUCAGAGAGAGACAAACUACGGCUGCUCUACACGCUAGCUGUCAAUCAACAGCCUCUCAUACUGCAGAUGUUCCCAGGCACCGAGGGCUGGCCAUUCCCCCGCUACCAGGGCUCGUGUGGCAGGCUGAUGGUGUGGGCAAGCUCCAGGCCUCUGUGGGGCCUUUAUGGUUCCUCCAGGGAGUUCAUCCAGAGGGUGGAUGUGGCCUACCAGCUACUCCAGAUCACCCAGGGCCUGGGCCACAACAGUCUGGGUUUCCUGCUCUACUACACCAGGCUAGAGGAGGAUAUGUUCGGCCUGCUGGAUGACCAGCGAGUGUUCAUCACAGAUGCCAGCAGCAUAGGGGUCAUUGACCUGGAGCAGGGGUUCCCCCCAGACCCUCCCUCCCAAACAGGCUCUGGCGGGGACAUCUUCUCCUGCCUGGGUCAGGGUGCAUCCCCCUGCCAUCGCUCUCCUCCCUGCAGCUCUGUCCGCCCUACCCAGAGCCUCACUCUGCUCUGCACAGCACUCCUGCCCAGACUGCUGCUCACAGAGAGGGGGGCCCAGCCAACCAGGCUACCCAUGGAGGGUGAGGCAGAGGCGGGGAGGUUGGCAAGAGACGUGCCCCUGUUGCUGGGUGUUUGUGCAGACCCUAGCCAGCCUGACUGGAGGAUCAUGGCAGCAGUAGGAUCUCUGAUGGACCUGCUAAAACCCAUGAGGCCCUGCAACCCACGCUACACCUACAGGUACCCAGAGUGCAGAUACAACCAAGACUACUGAGAGCUGACAGGACUACAAUACCCAUACUACCCUGCUACAGCCAUAGACAAUGUUAAGUCCACAGGUGCCCAGAGUGCACAUAUGAACUGUGAUCCAGACAGUUGGUGGGACUGCAGAGCUUUGAUAUUAGACUGACAAAGGGACUCUGUGGAGUGUUGUGUGCUGGAAUGACUAUGCACUGAGCUGAAUUGACUACGCACACAAAGGGGGUGGUGGUUCUGCACGGGCAGUGUAUGUGAAGUCUGUAGUACUUAGCAGCUUGUAGUGCUUGGCUGUAGUGUAGUGCUUGCCUGCUGCUUACCUGCUUUAGACCUCAGCUACUGUCAGGUAGUGAACCGGUCACAGCAGCUCUGUGCAUCAUAGGAGAGAUGAACAUGUAAAGAAGAAACAUGAGAAGUUCCACAUGUAAAUAAAGAACUUCUGUUAAAUGACGCAUAAAACAUCUUUCAAACAAUAAAAGCAUGUCAAGGAGGGUCUCUGCACAAUGCUUUGCUAAAGCAAUUUUAUUCAUUUAGAAAACAGGAGGGGCCGUGUAUAAAAUGACACGACUCCUUCAAAUUUAAUGGCAGGAACUCUGAAGAAAAAAAUGACAGCAUUCCAACAAAGAUUCUCAAGCAAUAAAUAUGCAUUUUAUAAAUAAGGUCAAUUUACAACAAGAUUAGAAAUAAAAUGAAAAUCACAAAUUAAAGUUUAUUCCUUAAAAGUC